ACGGAGGCUGGUCAAAGUCGACACUUGCUGUUGUGGGGCGGUGUGAUUAAUUUAUGGCGACUCGUCAUCUCAUAUUGUAACUAAGGUGUCACCAUGUUGAGGAUAUUUCUCUUCCUGACAGCUUUGGCUGUUGUGUUAGGCGACACCGUGGACCUAGGAUGUGACCCUGGCUGGUAUCCUAAUGGCGGCUAUUGUUAUCUAUUUAAUACAAACAAACGCGUAACACAUCAACAAGCUGCCGACGAAUGUAACGACUAUCUGGCUACACUUGUCAGGGUGGAGUCAGCGAACGAGAAGACGUUUCUACAAACCACGAUUCCUCAAUUUACGUCAGAUGGGUUCUGGACGGAUAUGACAGACCUCCGCUUUGAUGGGACAUCAACAGGAACAGGGGUGUGGGAGUGGGGAGGAUACGAGAAGGUUAACAUGUCUUCAAUCUCUUGGGAACAAUACCCGACCAGCAACCCAAAAGACUCGUGUGGAGCAAUUAACAUUCAGGGAAAGUUCCAGAACUGGAAAUGUGACCAGCGUCUUGGCUACAUAUGUGAGCUCGACGUUGGCCAAUACGGUGCUUGCCCUUUCAGAUGGAUGUUUGGAAUAGACACCUGUUUUCUCUUCAGCAAUACUAGUGAUCCUAGUCAAUUAUUGUCUUGGACCAACGCAAAGGCCCAGUGUGCAUCGUAUGUCGUUGGCAAUGCUACCGGAAAACUUGUGACCCUUGACAAACCGACUGAUGCGUCUUAUAUUGUAAAUGAGAUGCCUGAGAUUGCCAACUCCACUGUAAUGUACUGGACGGGGCUUAUCAAAACGGCCUCAUCCUGGGCAUGGGAUGGCGGAGACCAGUACCACGGCGGUUAUUUUGCCUGGGCAAAAGAACCUGACCAUAUUAACAACAAUGAGCACUGCGCCAUCUUAAAAACAGACGGUAAAUUUAGUGACCAGAACUGUAACAGGCCAAUGAACUACGCCUGUCGAUUGGGAACUACACAACAAAAUACGGAUUUCUACAUGGGCUGCAAUGGAUGGACUCGCGCCGGUCACAAGUGCUAUAUGAUUUAUGACGGACCCAAGAGCACCUGGUCUCAAGCAAACACAAUAUGUUCGUCUCUCAGUGCAAGGCUAUUGAAAGUGGAAUCUCUGGACGAAAGAGACUGGAUUGAAUGGCAGCUGACAGAUGAGUCCCAUCCAAAUGUCUACUGGUCCGGACUGAACGACAGAGCUACAGAAGGUUCCUAUCGUUGGGCGGAUGGUACCAAAGCCAAUAGUUCCCUAAUCCGUUGGAAUCAGGAGCCUAACUCAUGGUUCGGGGAUGAAGAUUGUGCUGGUAUUCGUCAGGACGGUAGCUACAACGAUAAAGACUGUUUUCUACACUCUCCCGCCAUUUGUGAAUAUAACGACAAUCAAUGCCCACAAGGAUGGGUGGCUUGGGCAUCGACCAGCGGUACUGUCUGUUACUAUUUCUCUGCCGUUAACCAGACAUUUACUUGGGACGAGGCAAACUCUUUCUGUAAAGGCUUAACACAAACUGGUAAGAUGAUACCGACGCUUCUAGCCGUCAACAGCCAAGCAGAAGAGACUUUCAUUAAUGGUGCACUGGCAAAGCAACCCAUGAAUCCGAAGUCUUGGUGGACGGGACUGAACGACGUGAAAAAUGAGGGCAUCUGGACCUAUCCUGAUCCAUCCAACACUCCACCUAAUAUGGCCGUCAUUCCAUGGAAUUCUGAGCCCAACGACAAGCUCGGGAAUAAAGACUGUGUGAUGCUAGGCUGGUCUGGGCAUUACAUGGUUGUCAACUGCAAAGCAAAAAUAGGAUUUGUCUGCGAAAAAUGGCCAUAUGGAACAAAUCCGAACAAAGCAAGCACAAGAUCGCUAUCCUCUUCACUGGUAGCAUUAGUGGUAUCCGUCGUUUUGUUUCUCUACUGAAAGGAUGUAUUAUGACAAAGUACAUAUGUCAUAGAACUCUAAAGGUGUAGAAUAAAAGGCAGAACACAAAUGGAAACCGCUAUCCGGAGACACUGACUCCGUUCUGACCAUUAAUCUACUCCAUACAUGUAUAUUGACAGCAAUUUGUUAAAGGUUAAUCCUGAGUUUUCGAGAAUUUUUUUUUCUAAAAGCAUGUCGGAUAUGAAAGAUGAUGUAUGAAUUUGAUAUAAUUUAUUCCUUUUAAGUUUAUUUGAAAAGUUUUUAUCAAUGGGAAUAAAAUACUCUUACGCUUUAAUUGAUUUACAAUAUUUUCAAACUAAAUUAAAUGUGGUUUUAAUCAAAGGUUGGGAAUUGAGACUAUAGAUAAAGAAAAAUAAUCGUUUUUCUGCUCAAAUAUGUAAAUAUAUGAAUAUAUAUAUAUGAAUAUAUAUUAUUAAUAUGUAUUGCCAUUGAGUGUGUAUCUGUUCAAUAUCCAAAAUAGCUGUGCAAUAGAUAAUCAUAAAAACAAUGUGAACAAGCUGUGUAUUAAAUAUAAACAUAAA